AUGGCGACCCCGGGGACCCAGCCGGACGACUUUUUGAAGAGGCCUCUUUAUGUGUACGACCUUCCAGCGGAGCUCUUGUCGACUUUGACGAUAAAAUCCGACGCCCAGCCCACCUCCGUUGCGACCACAGGAACCGCAACCCCAGCUUUGUCAGAGUCAUCAGAGAAGGAUAAUGGCAUCCCAACAACAAAAACCUGUGGCCUAUGCCAGGUAACCUUCCAAACCGUGCAGGAACUACGCGACCAUGCCCGGUCCGAUCACCACAGAUAUAACAUCAAGGCUCAGCUCCGUGGCAACCCGCUCCUGACCGAGACCGAAUUUACAAAAGCAAUCGGCGAGAUCGACGAGUCAAUCUCGGGCUCGGAAAGCUCCGAGUCGGAAUCAGAGGAGGACGAUCCUCGAUCGGCAGAUUCGACGUUGGUGGCGCUGUUGAAGAAGCAGGCAAAAAUCUCGCAAGGGGCCGAAGACAAUGAAGAGUCGCGGAAACAAGGAAGCACUGGAAGGCAGCCUCUCGUUUGGUUUUCUAGCCCAAAGCUCCCUUCGAAUACUUCUGUCGGAAUAUAUAGAGGGCUUUUCACGAACGAGGAACAAGACGAGCCCGGCCAUAUGGUGGACUCCCUGCGCAAGAAGCAACUCGAGCCAUUUAAGCGUGUAAACAAUUCUGCGGCUACGGCUUCGAAUUCUGGGCCGCAUAUCUUUAUGUGUAUGAUUGGCGGUGGCCACUUUGCUGCCAUGAUCGUUGCGCUCGCUCCUGAAAUACAAAAACGAGGAGGUAUUGAGGAAAGACAAGCUCGAGUGAUAGCCCACAAGACAUUCCAUCGAUAUACAACUCGCCGAAAGCAAGGUGGCUCACAAUCGGCAAGUGAUGCCUCGAGAGGAGCAGCGCAUUCUGCCGGAUCCAGCUUACGAAGGUACAACGAAGCCGCACUGGAAAAGGACAUUCGUGAUCUGCUGCGGGAUUGGAAAAGCAUGAUCGACACUUCGCAGCUUGUCUUUGUUCGUGCCACGGGUAAUACAAACCGCAGAACUCUAUUUGGGCCAUACGAAGGGCAGAUCCUGAAGCAUAAUGACCCAAGACUCCGAAACUUUCCGUUCAGCACCCGCCGUGCGACCCAGGCAGAGCUGAUGAGAUGUUUCAAGGAAAUGACAAGAGUUAAGAUCAGCCAAAUUGACGAGGCUGCCUUGGCUGCUGCCGAGGCCAAACAACAUGAAGCAGUUUCAAAAUCACCGAAGCCCGCUCAACAACCAAAGAAGCCGAAGCUGACCGAAGAAGAAGAGGCAGCGAUGCUCCACACGUCACAGAUUCAGGCUCUUAUCCGCCGCUCGAAAGCGCCGGCUCUCCUUUCAUAUAUUUCAAACAAUGCUAUUGAUCUGUCUUUCAAGUUCUUCCCUGCGGACGCAUCCCAACAUCAUCAUGCUCCUACCCCUCUGCAUCUUGCAGCGAACUCAGACUCUCCCGCGCUUGUAUCUUCGCUUUUAACAAAAGCGAAGUUUGACCCAACUGUCCAGAACGACGAGGGUAGGACACCCUUUGAUCUCACCAGAGACCGCGCCACACGCGAUGCCUUUAGAGUCGCCAGGCAUGAACUAGGCGAAUCAGCUUGGGACUGGGAAGCAGCACAUGUCCCCCCUCCCAUAGCCCGUGCAGACGUGGAUCGCCGCCAGGUUCAGGAGAAGGAGGAAGCUGCAAAGGAAGAGGCAACCCGGCGCAAGGCUGAGUUGGAUCGUUUGAAAGCAGAGGAAGCUGCCAAGGCGACCGCUACAGAAACAAAGAGAAAUGCGGGCGGUCGAAAACUGGCGUCUUUGGAGAAGACUGCUGCAGAAAAGCGAGAAGAUGAAAUGCGAGGAAUGACGCCGGAGAUGAGAACGAGGCUGGAACGAGAGCGUCGCGCCAGGGCUGCCGAAGAGCGCAUCCGGAGGUUGCAGGGAAAUGCAAGUGGAUUUAGAGCCAUCUUUGGCGGACUUCCCCUUCUUCUGUCCUGGGUGAAUCGUUUUAAAACGGGAUUCUGUGCGGCCAUCAUGGUCUCAGACACCCAAGACCCGUUACGUCGUGUCGGGACGAUCUACCGUUGGAACCCAGAGACAAAAGGGGUGGCUGAUGCCCAGCACAUCUCCGCUUACAGUCCUCUUUAUGUUGGAAGAGAUCGGAAGCUCUGGUAUGUUACUCUCCCUAUUGGUGGUUAUGUCGUUGACGACGAUUCAACAUCCAGUGAGUACACAUUUGACGACCUCCGCGUAUCAGCACAACAUCUUCGAAUCUAUACGAUCGUCUACGACUUUGAGAACCCUUUAGACAUCCCCCCUUUGGUGUAUGCGCAGGAUCUAUCUUUGAACGGAACGUUUUGGAAUGGGCUGCCAAUUGAUAAGCAAAACGGAGGGGCGGUCCUGCUAAGUGACGGCGAUAUUCUGCGAUUGUCUCCGGAGAGCUACCUUGAGUUUCGGUGUGAGCUGGCCGAUAAACUCUUGCCUCCAGUUCAAAGGAAGGAAGCAAAUGAUUUUGCGGGCGAUUAUUUGAUCACGAACCGUCUCCUAGGAGAAGGGAGUUUCGGUCAAGUACGUAUGGCAGUGAGUAUGCGAAGCGCAAGCCAAGUCGCAUGCAAAGUCGUCGAUCUCAGAGCUGUGAAGAAGGUGGUGGAAAAGAAAAUGCGUCACGGCGAAUUGAAAGGAACGAGUCUUUUAGAACUUCAGAAACGAGAAGUCGACAUCCUUCAAAAGCUAUGCCAUCCCAACAUCAUCAGAGUUGAGAAAGUGAUUCGUACAGAGGAUUCAUUAUACAUUUUCGAAGACCUCAUCGCGGCUGGUGACCUUUUCGCAUUCGUUGAAUCGAUGGGUGGCGAUAUCAAAGACUUCGAUGCGGCCUCAAUAAUGCAACAAAUUCUAAUUGCUCUGGAUUACCUACACGAUAGCAACAUUGUGCACCGUGAUUUGAAGCCUGAGAACAUUCUCAUGACGUCUCACGCGGACGGGCGCCGGGUGGUGCUUGCGGACUUUGGAUGCGCUCAGGUUGUUCUAUCAGACAUCAAGCGCAUGUCUUCAGUUGUCGGAACGUGGGACUACACUGCGCCUGAAGUUUAUAAAAAGUCCGCAGCACAAGGAUACACCAAGUCAGUAGACCUCUGGUCAGUUGGGUGUAUAACGGUUGUUCUUUUGACGGGGUCUCCUCCGUUUCCAUUUUCACCCUCCGGGCAGAUCGAGGGUAACGAACCCGGUGACAUGGAUGAGGUUUUCAAACAACCUAGGUGGGCUGAGGCGAGUGCAUUGGCGCAAAACUUUGUUCUUGCAUUGCUUGUUCUAGACGAGAAGAGAAGACUGAGUGCAAAAGAAGCUCUUGGGCAUUGUUGGUUCACCAAUCCGGAGUACAAAUGGAGAUUGGAUCGCGACUACCAAGCAGCUAUUGGCGACUGGCGUCCUCAAACUGUCAGGUCCGGUGCUUCUUCAUCGCGUCGUUCUGUCAUUAAUGUGAGAAAGAGGAGAAAGGAUAAUUCGGUUCCAAAGAAUGGUUCUUCUAUCAGGGGAAGGUUCGGAUCGGGGGAAUUGCCUAGUGUCGCUUGCCAUGCAAAGCAGUGGUUAUCAGCAGGUGAAGAGAAGCUGGCAUUUCCUCCAAGAAAAGAUACUUACUCUGCUUUGCAAGGUUCAAUAACGUUGGAAACGUCAAUAGGGAGUGAGAACUCGUCGGAACGUACCAAAGAGGCUGGACACUUGCAAACGAGUGCGGCUUAUUCCCGGGUCAUGCCUACGUCAGUAGACCACAAUCUCCGCCGACCAUUCAGCCCACACGCAUGGAGUGCAUUGAUGGAAAAGUCUACUUCCUAUGACCCUACGAAAUCCACUCGAUGCAAGAGAGACCAGAGUGUGGGCGUCAAAGGUGCUGUGAUGGGAGUGAAGCAAGGAGAGCCAUCAGGGUUGGAAGUUUUGCAAGAGGCAAACGAUCACAGCGACGCUUCUACAACAGAGCCCUUGCUGAUUUGCACAACUGGAGCAAAAAGAGAUAUCAGCAGCGCUCUCGGCUCUUGGUCGGGCGAGUCACAGGAAGGAGGCGAAGUGUAUGAGGAAGUGGAGAACAAGGUGACGGGCAAAAUACAGCGAAUUCUGUACGGCGAGAAGCGACGGCUGUAA